GCUCAAGUUCUACUAUUGUGCGAAGUCGGGGUGCUGUAGAUCAAAUGACACAUAGCACUCCAUGCUAGUAUUCUGGUUCUUCAGAAGUCACAGUCGGUCCGCCACAGAAAUGUCGAAGUUUCCAACGAUAUCGGUCCGAAAUUUUGCUCCUUUACGUGAAGAUCGUCUAAAAAUGUAAGUCUCGGACAAAGAAACAGAAAGUAGAGAAAGUAGUAGAGAAACUUUUGAUCGUUUUGGAAAAGUGCUGAACCAGGCCCAGGCGGCCACUUCUGGAGGAAAAAUGGAACCUUCUUUUAGCCUGCGGCUGCACGAUCACAGUUCAAUGAAACUGCGCGAUGAUUAAAACUGCAGAAUCUGUUCCUUCGUGCUGGUGCUGGUGGGUGUGUUUUGAGGAGAAUCAGUGCCGCAGUUUUCUCCAGUGAAUUUGCGACAAAGAUAUAGACGAUUUGACAUCAAGGCUUAGGGUUUGACAUUCCUAGUGUCCUCGCAGUUUUGAUAUCAUCAAGCUUUCAAUAUAAUAUUAGAUUUUGAUAUCAAGACCAAGAGCGUAAUACUACUCUGUGUUAGUGAGACAAGGUCAGAGUAGGAACAAAGAAGAGAGAUUGACUUUACGACUUCACCAGCUUCGCUUAGCUAUCCAAACGCCGCAGAGAUGACGCGCUCCGAGGCGUUCAAUAUUGACACGCUCGUGCUGAAAUUUGAGUCGUGUGCGGAUAAGCUGGAAAAGACCGGAGACGUCGACCUUAUCCUCUUCGGGGACGGUUUGAAGGAAAUGCGAAAGGUACCGAAGUAAAGCUUGGUGUAGUCCUCCUGUUGGCACUAUACUGCUGCAGAUUGUCAUCUACUGUCACUGUCUUGUUCCUCUGAAGACUCUGUGUGAUUUCUUCCACACGGACUGCUUGUCCUUUUUCUGCUUCCGGUGCAAAUUGUCAAGUUGAAAGAUGAUCCCCCACAAAAGACGUGCCACGUAGUAAUGUUGUAAAACAAUAAAUCUAAAUCACAAAAGGUUUUCGACAACAUGGGCGACACCUUUGCUUUUGCCUUCAAAGAUUUGGACGAUAAAAUUGAAACACUGGCAAUACAUUCGGGAAAGUACCCCACAGCCGGUGGCAUGCUGGAUAACGAAGUAGCACGAGGGAGCAAGCCACCAAAAGACAGCGUAAGGAUAAAUUUGAUGUCUUACUGCAUAGAGUUGAAGUAGAUUUUGAUUUCGCUUUGGGUAGUAGGUAUUCACCUCUUUGUCGUCUAGUACCUCUACCUGCAGCAUACAGCUACAAUAGCAAGGGAGAUGACAAACCAAUAAGAAUACCGCCAAAACUUAAACUAACAGAUUUUAGACGGCCAGGGUCCGGUGUCCCCAGCAAGAGCGAUAAACCGAAGUACGCACGUGUGCAUGUUCAUAACGAAGAUUCUAGAGGAGCUGGAAAAGGAUAAGAGCGCAACCAUGAAGACAGCCUGCAGCAAUGCGUAUGAACCGACCUUGUGCACCAUCCACGGAUGGUUUGUACGAAAUUCCGUGCGGCUUGCGUUCAACAUGCUGCCGGACCGCGUCAUGUUUAUGCACAACUGCAACAUGACCGAGCAAGACCUUGCAGAGAAGGGACCAAGAUUUGUCAAGGCAUCCAUGGUACUACGAGCGACAUACUUAGUUUAUUUAACGCUUUCGCGUUCGCGAACAGGAGAUGCGUAUACCAAUUCAAAUCGAUAUUUGGUUCAUUUGUCCGUGUUAGUGUUAUUUUCUCCGUCGAUAUCUUCACCACCUCAAUGAAUUGUAAAUCUCGACGAAUGCGAACACACAAUAUCAGCGCCUGACGCAGCACAUGAAGAGUCACUUCGACAAGCGAUCAUUGAACUGGGUCUUUUAAGUCUGACGCGAAUUCCCUCCACCCGGCGCGGCACGACAUGGCAUCUCGUUCUGGAGCACACAUUUCAUUCGAAAUUUUGGCAAUGUUACCCCUCGGUCUCGGCCUCCCAAGGAACCAAAGCAGACGCUAGGCACGCUGUACGGAGCAGCACCGCGCUGCAGCGCAGCCGCAGCUGGCUUGUGACUAGCUAGGCAUACAAACGGUUUUUGUUGCGCGCUGACCGCACUAUCCCCAAACAAGUCCCCCAUCCUCCCCCGUCGUAAGAAGGUACUUUCUACUUUGCGCACGAAGAUCUAUCGUAUCGAGGACGCUCCUCCUGCUGACGCAUAUAACAAGAUUUUGCUGUGAUUGCGGGGGAAGUACAUGUUGCCCUCGAGAUGACAAUAAAUUGUUCCCCCCACCACGACACACCAUUUGUACUUCGCAAGGGACUACCCUCGAUUAGUUCUAGACCCUGUAACAGCCGUUGGUUUAUCGCACACUGAAAACUAAGCGACAGCUGUUGCGAGGAUCUGGAGAAAACUUUUUGAAGUGUUGAACGCCUCGCGGAGAUUGGCAAGACGAAGCGACAACUGUACUUAUGGAGGCCGUCAAGCAAACUACACGAUGACACUCUAUUGAACGGAACCCUGCGAAUCAUUGUGAUCGCGAUGUUCAUCUUAUUCUAAUUCUUUCAGCGAGUUUUGCAGGAUCCUCUUUCAUACAUUUGUGUGGUGC